AUGUCAACCAGCCGUCGAGCAUUGUCUUGCACAGCUCGGAUACAAAAUAUUCUGGAUGAGGAUCUCGAAACAAAUGUUCCGUAUUUUCCAAGUGAAAUCCUGGUUCCAAAACUUGAGGCAAAUGAAACCAAACUCAGAGUUUGUGCCAUUGAUGAUUAUUAUGGUAUAGUGGGCAUCAAUCAGAAGGACUUUCCUACAAAACUGCAAUCUCGAGUUGAAAAACCUCCAUUUCUGUUUCCAUUUGAUUCCACCCGAACGAGAGGAAACAAGCAUGCAAGUCAGAGGGAGACGAUGCGCUCAGCUUAA